GUUUCCUUGCACAGAGUAUAUUAGUUGUAUUUGGUGGUUGUCUUAGCUGUACUACUAAUUCAUAAUGUCGUCGACCUGGUCGUCUCUCCGAUCAUCUUUUAUUGUUUUAUUACAGCCUAUACGGGGGUUUCGUCUCAACUGAACUGUUCUCUAGCUGUGAUUCCCCCGCCCUUUCCUUUCCACCCCUCCUUCUCCGCCCAAAGUACAUAAGGGCCCUUCGUACGUCAAUAUAAUAGAGACUAGAGAUCCCGAUAUAGCAACCAAUUUCUCAAUAUUUGUAGGCCGCAUUGUGCGUAGCAUCCCUAUUUGUAAUAAAUACUCUUGUUUCCGCGACGAUCAUUGUCACAAUUUGUGCCGUCUCUUUCUCAGCAGCUCUCUCACUCACCGUCUCAGUCGUAUUCACUUGCUUGUCUGUUGUGUCAAGUUAUUGUUGUUGUUGCCAUUUGAUGAUGGUUCACAUUUUCAAAGUUUUCCAAAAAAACAAGCGUCCGGAGGACGGGGACUUGCAGGAAGGAGCUGGCCAAGUGGGCAAUGGGUCGGGUCAAAGUCAGGGUGUGUACGACAUGGACGCAGUGAGGGCCAAGGUCCUGGUUCCUGAACUUAGAACCGAGAUUAAAGACUGCUACGUGAAACUCAAGGCCAAAGAUCAGAAGAUCCAGGACCUGGAGACUGAAGUUAACAAGUUUAAGUCUGACAGCACAACUAAGGCGGACGAGAUAACACGACUGAAAGAUGAGAUCAACAAGUUGAGGGAUGUACUGGGAAUCCUGAACAAAUCCCCCGCAAAGCAGCAAGAACUACUCGACAGUAUUAAAGAGGUCCCUGCAGCCGACCAAGAGGAAGAUGUUGUCCAGGAAGUGAAGCCACCCCCACAAACACAACAGAAGAGACAACGUCAGGUGGCUAUCUCGGGAGAGUCUGUCAAACAGAGCGAUGUUGAUAUAGACUACACUGAGUACCCUAAGGAUGCCGACCAGAAAGCCAUUAUCAAGGCUGGAAUUUUGAAGAACGAUUUCAUGAAGAACCUGGAGCAUGCUCAGAUCAGGGAGAUUGUGGCCUGCAUGAAACCAGAUAACCGUAAAGCAGGGGAAUGGAUUAUUAAGGAAGGAGAACCUGGACAGACCUUGUUCGCCCUACAAGAGGGACAGCUGGAAGUUAUAAAGAACAGCAAGGUCCUCACGGUCAUGGGACCCGGCAGAGUGUUCGGAGAGCUCGCUAUUCUCUACAACUGCACUAGAACCGCUAGCAUCAGAGCUCUCACGGACUGCAAGCUAUGGGAGCUAGAUCGAACCCUGUUCCAGGCUAUUAUGAUGAAGACCGGUCAAGCUAAGCAGAAACAGCAUCUUGACUUCUUGAAGAGUGUGAAACUCCUUCAAGAUGUGCCCGAAGCUAAACUUGUUAAAAUCGCCGAUGCGCUUGAAGAGGAAAUAUUCAAGAAGGAUGAGUACAUUAUCAGACAGGGAUCCCACGGGGAAACCUUCUAUAUUAUGGUGGAGGGAGAGGUCCUGGUCACGGCAAAGCUUCAGAACGACAGCGAGGCCUCAGAGAUCAGAACUCUUACUGCAGGCGCUUACUUUGGCGAGCGAGCUUUAUUAGGAGACGACAAGAGGACUGCAAACAUCAUCGCCAAGUCGGAGAAAGUAUCAUGUCUGGUGGUGGACAGAGCGUCAUUCAAACAGCUGAUUGGAUCGCUCGAGGAAUUCAAACACCAGGAUGAAAAAUACAAACAGAUUGAGAAGAAAGUGGCGGACAAUCUUCGAGAGAGUAUUUCAAGUGGGGGUUCUAUACGAUCCAGUUCUCCCGAACCAGUUGCUGCGAACGAGGAAUAUGCUAACCUGAAAUACGAGGAUCUCAAACAUAUUGCUACCCUAGGAAUGGGAGGAUUUGGCAGGGUCGAAUUGGUGUGUUCCCGUCAAGACAAAACGAAGUCCUUUGCUCUGAAGUGUUUGAAGAAGAAACACAUAGUGGAUACCAAACAGCAGGACCAUAUCGUGUCCGAGAAGAACUUGCUGUUGGAGUGCAAAUCACUCUUCAUCACCAGGUUGUACCGGACUUACAGGGACAGAAAGUACGUGUACAUGCUGAUGGAGGUGUGCUUAGGAGGAGAGCUGUGGACCAUCAUGCGAGACAGGGGUUGCUUUGACAACAACACCACAAAGUUCUUUGUUGCUUGUGUGGUAGAAGCUUUUGACUAUCUUCACAGGAAAGGUAUCGUAUACCGAGAUUUGAAGCCGGAGAAUCUACUGUUAGACUCUGAGGGAUACGUUAAACUUUGUGACUUUGGGUUCGGAAAGAAGAUCGGACAUGGCCGGAAGACAUGGACCUUCUGCGGUACACCGGAGUACGUUGCUCCAGAGAUCAUCCUCAACAAGGGUCACGAUUUGUCAGCAGAUUACUGGUCGCUUGGUAUCCUGAUGUUCGAGCUGCUAACAGGAAGUCCUCCUUUCUCCGGAGCGGACCCCAUGCAGACCUACAACCUCAUCCUCCGGGGCAUGGACAUGGUGGAGUUCCCCAGGAAAAUCAACAAGUCAGCUCAGCAUCUGGUCAAGAAGUUAUGCAGGGAUAAUCCUGCUGAGAGAAUAGGUUAUCAGAGGGACGGGUUGAGGGACAUCAAGAAACAUAAGUGGUAUCAAGGAUUUGACUGGGAGGGCCUCAUCAACAAGAGAGUGUCACCCCCCAUCUCCCCCCGAAUCAAGAACGCUACUGACUCCAGUAACUUUGACUCCUAUCCAAAGGACAACGAGGAAGCUCCAGAUGAGAUGUCGGGCUGGGACGCCGAUUUUUAAGAAAAAUUGGGUUCGAUUUUGCUGUAUCAGCAACACACAGAGACACUCAUUUUUAUCAUCGCUUACCUCCCGCCGCCAGACUGACGCGUGAAAAGAUAGAGGGGAUCUGAUCACUGAUGGAGCCAGGAAAAGACGCACAACACUCAGUGUUUUUACUUUUUAAUAUACAAGCUAAAUCUAUUUUUAUACCUCAACGGUCGAAAGCUUUCUCAACAAGUUAGGAUGUUAUUAAAAGCUCUGGAAUUACAAACCGCCUGUUUCUGUCGGGAAAACCACGUGUGCUCGCUUAGCGUGCACGUGCUGAGCUUGCAUUCCGAGCAUACGCAAACUUUGCGUGCACGUGCUCAUACUUUGUUCUUCCGCAUCUAUUUCGACCAUCAACUGUGCUCUGUACUUGUAUCUUCUCAAUUAUCUUAAAAGGAUCUCUCUGUCUGAAUAACAGAAUUACUGGCUCUAGGCGAUCAUUUUUCUGAGGAUUUUGUUAUCAUCGUCAUUGUUAUCCUUCACGUGAUAAAGUCACGCGUGAUACGCGUUACCUUGGUUACCGGGUGUUGUGGUGAGUGCUUGUUUUACACAGUGUUCUGAAAGUGAAGCUCAAAAGGAAGAAGGAGGUAAAGGUACCUUUGUUGAAGGUACCGUGGAUUUUGACAAUACUUGUUCGUAACUUUGAGUCAAUUUUUAGCGAGUUUAGAAUAAUUCUAUGAAAUGUACAUUGUUUGCAACUGUUCAAUUCUUUUACCUUUUGAGUGCGUUUUGUUUACCAAAGAAAUGUUAUCGUGACUAAAUUUGACGGCAAUAGGCUUUUUUCUAGGAAUUAAAUGGCUGAUUCACAAAAUGUGGAUGAUUUGAUUAAAAAAAUGCAUGAGAAUGCAAUUAGCUGAACUUAUUAAUUGUAGUAGGGCUUGCUACUACGGUACGUAAACCGAACAAUACAUACGACUGUGAAGUUAGGUGAGACAAGAUGAUAAUAUUUGGUGAUUUGAUGCACCACCAGCGAGUGUUUUAAACCAUUUAACGUUAGUUAUAUUUGAGUUUAUUGUAUUGGCGAUAUUAUUUUGAUUUAAUAAGCUAUAUACACCAAGAAGUUCAACUAAUUUAAUGAUGUAACAUUUGUCGUGUUAUUAUUCCUAAUGCGUUUUCUCUGAACUUUGCACUUCCGGGAAUGAUUUGCUCCUUUAUAAUACUAAAUUCUAUCUGACGUGAUUUCUUCGUCCAUCAACAUACUAACAUAGUCUCAAUUAUUAUUAUCAUAAGUUGAUGACUAAUAAGUAUUCAAAAUCUUAAUUUGUUACUGUUGUGUUGUAAAAUUUGGUCUGUUUUAAUACAGUAUAAUAUCCAA